GACAUUUUGUUUGAUACAACAAAUUCGUUCGACAUUUUUUUCGAAAAUUUGAGCCUGUUGCUGAUGCUAGCUUUUAAUUUUUGUUUAAAUCAGCUUUCUUUCCACUGGUAUUUGCGCAAUUCAACUAACUAAUAGUCUCAUUCCUAUACUCGACCUUAUCUGACCAAUUUCAUAAUGUUUUGUGUAAUGAAAGGAGAAUUCUGGCUGUGAAAAAAAAACAGCAGGAACAGCUGGAGAAAUCGCCAUGUCGUCGGACAUCGACAUCGAGGAGCCGGACCUGCAGUCGCUGUCGGCGGCGCGCCUGCAGUCGCUCGUCACCGUCAAGACCGAGCUGCUGGACGAGGAAGAAACACCAUUCGAAUACGAAUAUGAGGAAUCUCAGCUGCAGCCCCUGUACGACGAAGAAGUACCCGACAGCACGACGGACCCGCCCCCCCCGCGCGCCCCCGCCCCCGCCCCCGCCCCCUCCCCCUCCCCGCCCCGUGCCGCCCCCGCGCCCAGCCCGCGCGUGUCCUCCACGCGCGAGGACGACCAGCCCUUCAACAACUGCAUCAUCCUCGGCUCCAAGCCCACACCCCUCGACGAAACCUUCUCCAAGGUGAAAAUAGAUUGCCAUAGUUUGCAACAGAAUUGUGUGGUAGAAGAUCAAAUCCUUACACCGGAGGAAGAAUAUCCUACAGAGAACGAUGAAUACCGUUCAGUGGAGGAAGAAUAUGAGACAGUGGAAGAAGAGUGUGUGUCUGAUGCAGACAGUGCUCCCUCGGUGGACGUGGCUCACUGCACGCGGGCGCGCGUUGUGCUGGCGGACUGGGCGGGCUACCUGCGCGCGUGCGGCGGCUACUGCGCGCCCUGCCGCGUGCUGUUCCCCACGCGCAACGCGCUCGACGCGCACAAGAUGGCCGCGCACUCUUACCUCGUCGCCGUGGCCCGCAGCCCCGAGCUUGAACCCGCUCCCGUGGUAAAGAAAGACUGUUUUGUGUGCAAGAAGCAGUUCAGCAACGAGAAGGACUUGAUCAAGCAUAUUUAUUUGCACGUGAGCACGUCGCAGGCGUGCCACCUGUGCGAGGAGACGUUCUACAGCAAGCAGCUGCUGGAGGAGCAUGUAGCCACGGCGCACCCCGCGCCCCCCGCCGCCCCCGGCGCGCUGCUCGUGCACAGUUGCCCCGUGUGCCACCACUACUACCGCAGCCUGCCGCGGCUGCUGGCGCACGCGCUGCGGCGCCACCGCCGGCGCCCCCCCGCGCCCCCCGCGGCCCCCGCCACGCGGCGCUGCCCCGUGUGCGCCGCCACGCUCGCCACCUUCAAGUCCUACAACUCGCACAUCGCCGUCGUGCACAAGCAGCUGUACGACCGCGUCGUCGGCAACGAGGUCAAGUUGAAACAGAAGAGUCAGGGUAAGAUACCCCGGUGGAGACCCAGGAACGACGUCAGGACGCUGCUGGCUAAGGACGCUCUGUUUUAUUGUGCUACGUGUGGGCUGAGCACGCCGGACCUGGUGUCGCACGAGCGGCACGUGCGGGGCUGCGCGCGGCGGCAGGUGCCCAGCUACCAGUGCACGGAGUGCGGGGCGCGCGUGCCGCGGCGCUUCCGGGGCUUCCACCGGCGCCAGCACGGCCGCGGCGCCGCGCUGCCCCGCGUGGCGUGGGGCGCCCCCCGCGCGCUGCUGCGCUGCCCGCUGUGCGCCGUGCAUCACCCGCUGGCGGGCUUCCGCGCGCACGUGCGGGGCUGCGCGCCCCCCGCCCCGGCCCCCGCGCCCCCCGCCCCGCCCCCCGCGCGCUGCCCACGCUGCCCCGCCUCGCUGCCGCCCGGGCUGGCCGCCGAGCACGCCGCGCUGCACGCCGCCGCGCCCAGCGAACCCUUCACGAUCAUCACCAUUCUCGGGAAAACUAAGUCUAAUAGAAACAAGUCUGCGGAGGCGGUGGACGAGGCGGGCGCGGCCGUGCCCCCCGAGCUGCAGCUGGAGGUGUGCGGCACGUGCGGCUGCGCCAUGGCGGCGCGGCGCCCCCGCCCCCACCACCUGCGGGGCGCGUGCCGCGGGAUCCAGGCCUGGCGCUGCCGCCACUGCGCGCUCAGAGUGUCCAAGAACGCCAUGACGCGCCACCUCAAGCUGCACCGGCUGCUGCCGCGGUUCACGCUCGCCAACUUCCGCUUCCGCUGGCUCGGCGCGGAGGGGCCGUUCCGCACGCACGCGGCGUUCUUCCACCCGGACGCCGCCCCGGGCCCGGAGCCCCCCGCCGGCCGGCCGGGGUACACCGUGGUGCCGCUCGACACGCCGCUGGUGUACCAGUGUCGCUGGUGCGGCGCGUGCAUCCCGCACCGCAGCACGAUGGCGCGGCACCUGCAGCCCGGGCCGGAGCGCGGCGCCCGGUGCCGCGGCCCGCUGCCCGCGCCCGCCCCCGCCCCCCGCGGGCGCCGGAUCGAGGUGGCGUCGCUGGCGCAGCUGCGCGGCGUGGUGCAGGUGCUGCAGUGCGCCGCGUGCCGCUUCCACUGCACGUCGCGCGCGGCGCUGCGGGGGCACGGCGCGCGCUGCCCGGGCGGGGCGCCGGCGCCGCCGUGCGCGCGCUGCUCGCUGCCCGUGCGCGCCGCCGACGCCGCGUGGCACCGCGCGCUGCAUGCCUGCCACCCCGACCUGCGCGCCGCGCGCCUGCUCGUGCGCCCCGCGCGCCCCACGCCGCCCCCGCACGACCAGCCGCCCCCCGGCGAACCAGAGCCGAUGGACGAUGUGCUGAUAGACGAGGGAGUGCCUGUGCCAAAGAAAGUGACGGUAGAUAGAUCGGUAGUACAAAUUAAAUGUGAACCUGACCUGGAAGUGCCUUUGAAGCAGCACGUGUUCUACCAGUGCUCGGCGUGCCGGAUGGUGCUGCACCGGCGGCACAGCGUGUAUAUACACGCGGCGCGCUGCUCGGGGCGGGCGGCGGCGGCUUCGCGCUGCCCGCGCUGCUCCGUGCCGCUGCGCCCCGCCCAGCGCCCCCCGCACCGCCGCCUGCACCAGGAACACCACAUCGACAGGAACAACAUCAGCAUCGUGCCCUUCUCUCCCGGCAUCAAACCCGUGCAACUCGCGGCCGCCGACGCGUCACAGCCGGGGGAGGGGGGCCCGGUCCUGGUGUACGAGUGUGUGCAGUGCGGCAACAUCCUGCACCUCGCGGGGAACAUCCCCCGCCACCGCGCGCAGUGCCGGGGCGUCCCCCGCGCCCCCGCCGCCUGCCCCCGCUGCCCCCUGCGCCUGCCCCCCACCUGCCUGCGCAAGCACCUGCUCAUGCACGACCAGCGCCCCGACAUGCGCGCCGGCAACAUACAGGUCGUCAAGUUCUCCAGCAAGAAAAACAACUUAGUCUUCCUCGGCUCCAAACUGCCUCAGCCGAAGAACAGAAUCGUAUUGGGCUCGAAACUGUCGCAGACAAAGACUGAGAAUAAAGUCGUGUUGGGCUCGAAGAUUUGUCAGAGCAACAAACUUAUAGUGGGCUCGAAGAUGAGACAGUCGGCAAAGUUCAAGUUCUACCAGUGCCGCCGCUGCAGCCUCGUGGUGCGCGACCGGGCCAAGCACCGCGACCGCGGCCGCUGCAAGCGCACGUCGAGACCACUCAUCACCUGUACCAAGUGCCUCAUCCCACUCCGCCGCAAGCAAGUGAUGUACCACGAGAGGCUGCAUAGACAGAAACCGAGUCUCAACGCAGAGACCUGCCAACUGAUUCCAUUUGUCUGCGAGGAAGCUGGUGCUAAAGAUGAAGCUAAAGAUGAAGAUACAGAUGAAGAAGCUGAAACAAGAGAAGAUACCGACGAGGAAGCUGCCGGCCCCAGCGCGGCGGAGGAGUCUCCCGCCGUGCCGCUGCACCGGUGUCCCGCGUGCCGCCUGCACUUCCUGACGGCGGCGGAGGGCGCGCAGCACGCCGCCGCGCACCGCGCCCCGCGCCCCGCCCGCGCCCCGCGCGCGCCCUGCGCCGCCUGCCGCCUGCACUUCCCCCCGCGCUCCCUCCCCGCCCACACCCGCCUGCACCACGCCAGCGACCAGCCCCCCAACUACGACAUACUGGACAUCGAGCUGGACGAGGAGCCGGCGGAGCUGGAGGCGACCACCAGCAGGAAGCGGAGGCACGACGGCGAGCCGGCCGCGGCGGAGACCGUGUACCGCUGCGGGGGCUGCGGGCUCAGCCACGUGUGCCGAGCCAGCGCCGAGCGGCACCGCGCGGCCUGCGGGGGCGCCGCGGCGGGGGGCGCGGGGGGGCUCGCCUGCAGCAAGUGCGAGCUGCAGUUCGACAUGCAGCAGCUGCUGCAGCACUCGCUGAAGCACCACGGCGAGCGCGCGCCGCCCGUGCGCGUGGUGACGCUGCCGGGGGUGGCGGGGGGCGCGGGCGGGGGCGCGGUGGGGCGGCGCGUAUACCACUGCGAGCAGUGCGGGUUCAACUUCAUGCGGCCGGGCUCGCUGGCGUGGCACCGCCGCCCGCACCACCGCAUCGCCCAGCGCCGCCGCUGCCGCCACUGCCGCCUGCUGUUCAGCAAGCCCUCCAUCAGCAAGCACGAGCUGCUGCACCACACUCGCAACAACUACACUCUGGAGGACCUCGACAUUGUCGACGAGUAUAACGUGAAAAUUCCCUUAGAGAAGGUUUUGCUAUCCUUGACUGACAAAGAUUCUGAGGAGUUGGACUCGGAAAUUGGUCAGGACAACAAACUUAUAGUAGGCUCGAAAGUGAGUCAGUCGAUUGAAAAGUCGGAAAAAGUGGAGGAAUCUGCGGACGCUUGCGAGCCGACAGACGCCAGCUUCAAGUUCUACCAGUGCCGCCGCUGCCGGCUGGUGGUGCGCAACACCGCGCGGCACCUCGGGGACCGCGCCCGGUGCAAGCGCACCUCCAGGCCACUGAUCACCUGCACCAAGUGCCUUAUCCCGCUCCGCCGCAAGCAGGUGGCGUCCCACAAGAGGCUGCACCGGCAGAUACCCACUCUCAACGCGGAGACCUGCCAACUGAUUCCCUUCGGCAAAACAGGAAAAGGAACCAGGCCAGAGAGCCAGACUGAUGAUGAUGAUGACGCUGCGACUGCUGAUGAUGAUGACGCAGAUCUAGAGGUGACGCAGAGUGCGGAUGACACGGCAGAGGAAGAGAAGACAGAAGCGAACUUGCCAGACGUAGUCGCCAUGACGGGAGGCGAAGCGAGUGACGCGAACAAAGGUGAAGCUACACCAAGAGACGGGCUGGAAUACUACCGAUGCCGAGAGUGCAACGUGGCGUUCCUAGAGCAGGGCAAGUGCGAGCAACACGUGCACGACCAUACGCCCAUGGAGGAGUAUGACUUCGUUGAGUGUAAAAUAUGUAAAAUGAAUUUCGACUUGGAAGCGUUGAAAACGCACAUGACGCAUCAUAAGAAUCAAUUGUUCUCUGUAGAUAGUGUUAAAUGGGUGGAAUAUUUUGGUAACGGCGAUCGGUUGGAGGCCGCUAGUGGUAACGAUAAUGAGCUUAAUAGUUCUAUGACGAGUGUAAAUGAUGACGAAAUGGAAGUGGAUGAAAUCUUAGGGACCUAAACUGAUACUCACCGUGGACGAAAGUUAGAAGAUGGCGAUUUUUUUUUAUGUAAGCUUAAGUUAUGGAUAAUCUAUUUGCAAAUGAAUUGUUUUAGGUUAAAGAUUCUUGAUCCUACAGUCGUCGAAAUAUAAUAGGCCCGUUUGGACAGCUCGAAAAUGUAUGAGAUGACAGCUGGUGUCAAAUAUAAAUCAUAAA